AUGGUCAGUCCUGCGCACAAUAUACCCAUAUUUUUCAAUCGACAGACUAACGAGCGAUACGCUCAGGCCACUGCAUGUGGCGACCAGAAAAUACGUGUAAUGGACAUCACAAAGCAGACAAUUCUGCAUGUUCUGGAUGGUCAUGUUAGCAGUGUGAAGCAAGUGGCAUUUGAACCAACGUGUCCCUCAAUUACUGCCAGUUGUUCUCGUGAUGGAACCGCCAUGAUUUGGGAUCUUCGUGCCAACAUUCAGAGUCGCUCUGAUAAUAACGAAUUUGUCACUCACAGACCUGUCGAGGUAAUUCGCGGCGCUCAUGCCCCACUAACGGCCCCGAAAGGCCGAGCCCCCAGAUCAAUCGUCUCGGUAACAGCAUUGACCUGGGGUAUUCCAAACACUUUUCUUACGGCUUGCGAGUCUAGAGCGGAGCUCAGGUGCUGGGAUCGUCGCUCUAUCAAAAAAGAUAGAAGAGGAAAUUCUCAACCUUGUGAUGUGUCGGCUGAGCCAGAGCAUCACCAAGUCCGCCCCUUCGGCAUAAACUCAAUAUCAAUUUCCCCGGACAGGUCCAUGGCCUAUACCUUGUGUAAGGACUCGAUAGUCUACGCUUGGGGAACCAGACUGCUCGAGCACGGUCCCUUACAUGCAUACCAUCACCCCGAACUCGACGCUUCUAGUUUCUAUGUCAAAUCGGAUAUCAGCCACGACGGUGAAUACCUCGCUACUGGCUCCAGCUCCGGGUCAGCCUGCAUCUUCGCGACGGCCCCGGAGUACUUGGACAAGAAACUUUACAUCCAGAAAACCGACUUCCCGGAGGGGUCCCGCGUCCAGGCCGUUUCCAAGAAGAUGUCCGUUGGCACUGGCGUCGUACUCGUUCGCGCGCACAACAGAGAAGUGACUGACGUGAGCUGGACAAAUAAGGGCGACCUCGUGACCAUUUCGGAUGACUACCACGCCAGAUGCUGGAGGAGCGACGAUAAAGGUGUGAACGCCGAGAACAUGAGAGAGAAUGGUGAGGAGAAUGGCAGAAAAUGGGGCUGGGGGUGGGCUCAAUUGGAGGGAGAGAAGAAUGAAGGGAAGGAUGCAGAGCCAUCCGAUGAGAGAAGCAUUCCUCCCGUGAAUGAUCCCACCGACGAGCCUGAUUUCCAAGAAGGUGAGGACGGCGGUACCGCCGAUCACUAUCCUCAAGAAUAG